AGUUGGAGCUGAUAAGGGUUUCCCGAGGAGCUUUGCUGGUCUCGUAAACAUUGCUAACCGUUUAGUCGUUUAACGGCACUCUGACGCUUCGGGCAUAAUUUCCGAAAACCGUUCUCCACACCAGGUCCAAAGAUAAUCAUACAGAAUUCAGCCAUGGAUCGAGCCAGUCUAUAUUUUAUGGAUAAGAAUGACAGCAAUACCUAUGAUUUUGAUGAAACAUUGCCACCACUUCCUUUGCCCGAUCUACGGGAGACAAUGGAACGUUAUUUUGCCUGUGUUCAGCCAUUUGGCACAGCCGAGGAACUUGCCCAGACGAGAAAAGUGAUUGAUGACUUCCAGAAUGGCAUUGGUCCUAAACUUCAAGAAAAACUCAAGGAACGUGAGGGAAAAAUGAAAAAUUGGUUGGGCACUUGGUGGGAGGAUUAUGGUUAUCAUCUGUUGCGUCUUCCACUUUUACCCUAUCAACUGAUGUCGAUGGCUGGCCAGCUGGAAUUGGUGGGAGUCCCGGAGACCCCGGAGUAUAUGUUGAAGAGCUUCGCAAGACAAAUCCAUCACACUCUAGAGUUUUGGGAUCUGACCCGUAAAGCCACCAUCAAACCGCUCUCCUCGAACGGAGGUAAAAUUAAGUAUUCAUCCGCUCUGUAUAAGAACUUUUUCUCCACUUGCCGCAUUCCGGGCAUCGAACAGGAUCACAUUGAGAAGCACUUCCUUACCAAGACUGAGGGCCAAACGCCCACACAUUUUCUUAUCAGUGCCAAAGGUCGUCAGUUCAUACUGAAAUGUGUGCAUGAUGAUGAUAGCAUUCUGACAGCUCCAGAGCUUUUGGUGGCUCUGCAGCGUUUACGCAGCAUUUUGGACUAUGAACCGGAGGGUGAUUGUGUGCCAGCUCUUACCCAUGACGAUCGCCCAACUUGGGCCAAGAAUCGAGAGCGAAUUAGAGAGAUUUCUGCCAACAACCGGGAAACAUUGAAAUUGGUAGAGAGCGCCAACAUAGAUAUCUGUUGGGACGAGCACUCGCCCAAGGAUUAUGAGGAGGCAUCACAAUUGGGUCUCUAUGGCGACUAUCACUCCCGUUGGGCUGAUCACAGCAGCAGCAUAGUUGCCUACAAGAAUGGACGGUUCAUUUGGACGGGAGAGCACAGUUGCUACGAUGGGACAGUCAGUGUGAGCUUCGCUACUUUCAUGCAAUUGAGUCUGCUGGAAGUGCCCGAGCCAGACUGGACUGAGGUAGAGAACACUAGAGUAGUGGACUGGAAGGAGCUCAAAUUCGAACUCGAUGAUACUCUGCGCGGAGAGAUUAAACGCAUGCGGCAGGAGAUCGAUGACAGGGGUAUGGAUGUGACAGUCACUUUUACUGUAUUCGAUGAGUUUGGCAAGGACUUUAUGAAGACCCACCGCUUGCAUCCUGACUCCUUUGUCCAGGUGGUCAUGCAAUGGGCCUAUUACCGAAUGCAUCAAGAGAUUGCUCCCACCUAUGAGACGGCUUUGAUGCGUCAGUAUUACAAUGGACGUACAGAGACAUUACGCUCCUGCACUGGAGCUGUGCAUGCAUUCCUUAAGGCCGCCACAAAUCCGGCUACCAGUGACCUGGUCUUGGCCAAAGCAUUUCGUGCUGCCGUGGAUGAUCAUAAGCACAUGAUGAAUGAGGCCCGCAAGGGACAGGGCAUCGAUAGGCAUUUGUUUGGACUCUGGUGUGCUGCCUAUGAGAACAAAUUGGAUAUACCGGCCCUUUACGAUGAUCCCCUCUACACCAAAAGCGGUGGUGGUGGCAAUUUCGUCCUAUCCACCAGUACACUGGGAUUCACAGCUAAUGUUGGCUAUGUGGCACCCAUGGUGUUUGAUGGUUAUGGUGUCUUCUACUCCAUAACUUCCGGAGAGAUCUUUAUUAAUACCACUGCCUACCGUGAUAGCAUUAAGACAAGUGCUCGAAAGUUUAAUGAUAUAUUUAAGGAUUCAUUCCGUAAAAUCAAUGAGCUACUGGAACAACUUGCCAAGGAGUCCAAAUUGUAAACAAUCUAUUAGUUUUAAGUUGAAUUUAUAGGUUUAUCUAGUUAUAAGUACAAAGAAACGAGCUUCAGAGUAUGCUAGAGCUAAGUCAAAAGGGGAUCUUCUAGUUACUUAACACGCCCUUUAGAAAUGAGAAUGUUUAGAUUUAGAAAGAAAUUGUCAAAAACAUGCACUUUUGUAAUUUUGUUAGUAUGUUAUUGUUCAUUCCCGAAAUUGUACAGUUCUUGCUGUGUUUGUUUUAAAUUUUGAUCAUAAUUUGUGUUAAACUUUCAGUCCCUUUCACUUUUACCUUAUAUCUUAAGUCUAUGUAUGUAUAUUUUUAAUUUGCUUUUCAACUUACCAAAUGUAAAAGUCAUGGCAUAGAUUUAGAGUUUUAAAAGUAAUACACAUAAGAAUUUAAUACCAAAGCAAAUUUGUCUUGCCUACCGACCCAUAGAACUAUGCCAAAAUGUUGUUUUCUGUUAAACGUUUAUUUUUAAAUUCAAUAUUCCAUUAGUUUUAUGCAAAUACAUUUUACACAAUGAUUUCCAACUUGAAAA